CUUAGCACACACACGAUCACUCCACUCUCACUUUUCUCCGCGUGCGGAGCCCACGGAGGUCGGUCCCUCCUCUGCAGACCUUUAUCCCCGUGUGUCACUCUGCGUGGGAAGGCGCCCUGUGAUCCUCCGGCAGGUCUUUGAAGGCACCAUCUGUCGCAGCUUCAGCCCGAGAGCGAGUCAUGCCUGUCCGGGUCGUCAUGCAGGGUCCUGGCCCCUGGGGCUUCAGGCUGGUCGGCGGGAAGGACUUCGAGCAGCCGCUGACUGUCUCCAGGGUCACUCCAGGAAGCAAAGCUGCGCAGGCUAACCUGUGUAUCGGCGACAUGAUCCUGGCCAUCGAUGGGGAAGCGUCGGACGGCAUGACUCACCUGGAGGCCCAGAACAAGAUAAAGGGCUGCGUGGAUGAGAUGGUGCUUUCUAUUGACCGGUCAGAAAAUAAACUGUGGUCGCCGCUUUCCUCAGAAGAAGGACGGACUCAUCCCUACAAGAUGAAUCUCGCUUCAGAGCCAAAGGAAGUGAAACACAUUGGCUCCGCCCACAACAGAAGUGCCCUGCCUUUCACCGGCUUCAGCCCCAAAGUGGUGACCAACCAGUACAACACCCCAGCGGGUCUCUACUCCUCACAGAAUAUCAAGGACUUCAACUCUGCUGUCGACGAAGUCAAGACCAUGACGACAGUCCAGGAACCAGAAAACAAGUCUCCUUCAGAUCCAUCCAAAGUGCGGCCAGCAGUAGCAGCUGACUCGGAGGUCUACAAGAUGCUGCAGGAGAACCAGGAGUCGGACGAACCUCCGCGCCAGUCGGCCUCCUUUAAGGUGCUUCAGGAGAUCCUAGAAACAGGUGACCCGGACAAACCCUCAGGCUUCAGGAGUGUUAAGGCACCGACCACCAAGAUCGCGUCCUCGGUCGGAAAUGCUGACAGGCUACCAAUCUGUGACAAAUGUGGCUCAGGGAUUGUGGGGAUGCUGGUGAAGCUGCGCGACAAGCUGCGACACCAGGAGUGCUACACCUGCACGGACUGCAACGUCAACCUGAAAAAUAAAGGACAUUUCUUCGUGGAGGACCAGAUCUACUGUGAGAAGCACGCCCGCGAGCGCAUGACCCCGCCCGAGGGCUACGACGUGGUCACGGUCUUCCCCAAAUGAAGGUCGCGACCUCACUCGCCAGCCGCAGCAUUCCCACUUCCAUCUCCAGCUGAAGACUACGAGCGCUUCCUCCUGCCACAAACUGUUUUUAAUUUCCUCCUCGAGCCUGCGACCGGACGUCACCAGCUGCUGUUUUUACUCUUCUUUUUUAAGAACAGACCACUCUUACUUCGACAGCGAGCCAAUUUAAUGCUGGAAAAUACAUUUCAAUGUCAUUGCCAAAUAAAUGUUUUAAAAUGCUGCUGAUCUUUUGUUUAUUUUUGAUGAUGCUGAUUCAGGAUUGCUUAAGAAUAAACUCUCAGCGAACAAGCAGUGUCUCAAACUUGCUGUGAAUUAGACACAUUUCAGUUCUAUAGUCUGGGUGAAUCAGUAAUGCAGCAUUGAACAAUUUUUCCCGGAGAAAUUGAAGGUAACUUUCCAAACCAGUAGCAGAACGAGUUAAUUUGAGUCAUAACUGGCAGAAUGUUAUAGAUGAUGGACGGCAGAUCUUGGCGUCUGAUUUCUGAGAUUUCUUGUUAAUUUUUAUACUGGUUUUCUGGACUGUUGAGGUAGAAAUGAAUGUCAGAAGAUCAGGAGUCGUCGCUAUUUGGUUUAAAUCUGUGGCAAUUGAAAUGGCUUUAGGUGGUUUGUAAUGGUUUGUGAUGCGACUGGUGUGUACAAGUACAUCAUAUAAAUACAUGACAUGAAAUGAUGUCCUGGAUUCUCACAUUUAUUCAAAACAUUCUAUAGUGCAAAUACUUGGAAGAAGGGUGGAAGGAGAGAACUGUAAAAGACUCAUAAAUAAGUGAAAUGUGCAAGAGUGAGCAAAGAUGAAGUUGUGUGAAUGCUUUACCAGCUUGGUUUUGUUUGACAGGUGAGAAGAUGAAUGAAAGAUGGAUGACUAAUGUUGGUUCAGUGAAGAGGAGAGUGCAGGCAGGAUGGAUGAAGUGCUGUGAGUUCAAAUGUCGCUCGACUCAGAUCAGUCCGUCAGUGUUCGCCUCUGUUCUCCCCACAGAGUGAGCGGAAGUAGAAGGUCACCCUGGUCUCGUUCUUCACUCCUUGAGUGGACGACUGGAGAGUUCUGCUCUGGUCCUCCGCUGACUUUAGAGGGUGUGAGGCUGUGAAGGAGUUGAAGCCGUGGACCAUCUCUGCGGUGUGUCGGUGCUGCUCGGCCAUCCUCAGGGUCUCAGUCAGAGCCCAGAUGUAGUUGUGAGCGAAUCUCAGGGUUUCGAUCUU